UUUCAAACGUCCAGUGUUAUGAUUCCUCUAUUCAGAUGGAAAAACGAUUGGUAGAUAACUCAAGUGAACGAAGAAAAUUUUUUUCAAGCCUUUGUUCUUUUAACUGUAUACGUUAUCAAAUAUUCUAAGGAAACAAGCAUGGAUAGUAGGCAACUCAUUGAGCAGCAGAAUAUUUUGGUUAUCUAAACUGAAGGAGCCUUGGUACCUAUGAACUACACCAUUCGGUUCGUACCAUAGAGCAUGGAAGUUCGUAUACACAAACCAUUGACAUUAGAAACUACAAACUACUUUAUUAAUGAUUGGUCUAUGGUUGUUUCAUAGAUAAUCUUAUUUACAGAAGUGAGGUUAUUGCGUUAAAUUAAAGUAGUAAAUAGUGUUAAUAAGUUGUAAGAAAUAAUAUGUAAAAUAAUACUUUAUUAUUUUUUAACUUAUUUCCUGUAUUUAAAUAAUUAAAUUAAUAAUGUCUUGCAAUUAUGCAGAGGGCUUAUCGCCUUACGAAAAUAAAGGAGUUCUUGGCGUUGCUGAGAGAUUUGAAUCUCACGAAGUAGUAGAAGAAAAGUGUAGAACUUUGGCAGACUGGAUCUUACAAAGUAGACAUGUAGUUGUUCAUACAGGAGCAGGAAUUAGUACGGCAGCUGGAAUUCCUGAUUUUAGGAGUCCCAAGGGUGUUUGGACUUUAGAAAAACAAGGUCUUAAACCACAAAUAAAUAUAUCUUUUAAUGAUGCUACUCCAACUAAAACACACAUGGCGUUGAAAAAACUAGCUGACAUAGGUUACAUACAUUAUAUUGUAAGUCAAAACAUCGAUGGACUUCAUCUAAAGACUGGGAUUUGUAGGGAGCUUAUUGCAGAAUUGCAUGGUAAUAUGUUUGUUGAAAAGUGCAACACUUGUGAAAAGCAAUUUGUUAGAAAUUCUGCAACGACUAGUGUGGGUCAAAGACUUCUAGGAACCAUGUGCAGAGGAUAUCGAUUGAAUGGCAGGCCAUGUAGAGGCAAACUGCAAGAUACAAUAUUAGACUGGGAAGAUAACUUGCCUGAACUAGAUUUAAAUAUGGCAGAUUACCAUUCACAUGCUGCCGAUUUAAGUAUAUGUUUGGGAUCAACAUUGCAAAUUGUUCCUAGUGGUAAUUUACCUGUAGCUACAAAAAAAAGCGGUGGACGUUUAGUGAUAGUGAAUUUACAACCAACAAAACAAGACAAAAAGGCUGAUCUUUUAAUCAAUAGUUUUGUCGACGAUGUAUUUGUACAAGUGAUGAAACAUUUACAGUUAGAAAUUCCUGAGUAUUCAUAUGAAAACGACCCCACAAAAAAAAUUAAUGAUGUUAUUGAAUGGACCAUUCAUCCUGUUUAUGUGAAAGACGCCAAAAAAUUGUAUGAUACCUUCUCUAAGAAACCCAAAAAACGGAAAAGUGACGAGGAUGUGUUAAUUAAAAAUGAAAAGAAAAAGCAAAAUGAUUCAAGUGAAUUUAACAGUUACAAAAUAGAUGAAAAAUCUGCCUCAGAGAAUGUUGAAGAAUUAAAAGAAUGCACUGCUAAUAUUAGUGAAAAUGCUGAACAAGUUAUAUCCCAGGCUUCAGCAGAAUGUAUUUAGGCGGUAAAGAUUUUAUAUCAUCAAGAAAAAACGAGAAUAUUGCUUCAGUUGUUUAACCAGACUUACACAUGUUGGUCACGGCUAUCAUCCUUGAUAAUACAUAAUAUACAAUUUAAAAGUGUACUUUGUAACUUAUCCAAU